CGAAGAGUAAUGACCGUGCUUUAUCGUAUGUUGAAAUGGCACCGUCCGCUAGGGAUAGUGUGAUUGAAGAUGAUCAGUAUUUUAGAGUUAUUAUUAACGAAAGAAGUGUCGAUGAUAUUUCUUUAGACUUCUUUUACAAACCUCAUACUAUUACCCUACUAGUGACUUGCAUUUCAGGUCUUUUAUAUUUUGCUUUCACAAGAGAUGACAGCAACCAAGAAGAAAAUAUCUGGAACGGAUUGAGUUGUGUUUUGCUGUUCUUCUUAAUCAUAAGUGUUUUAGCUUUUCCAAAUGGCCCAUUUACCAGACCACAUCCUGCAAUUUGGAGGAUUGUCUUUGGUCUCAGUGUGUUUUACUUCUUGCUCCUGUUGUUUCUUCUCUUCCAAACCCGAACUGAUGUCAGGAACAUGAUGAUCUGGCUCUAUCCUGAGUUAAAAGACUCGGGUCCUGAUGAGAAGGAGUAUGCAGUGAAUUGCUCCGAGAUCAGCAUUCAAAGACUUCGAAGCAGUGUUGAUGUAUUUAUAUUGUGCCAUUUCUUUGGCUGGGUCACCAAGGCUCUCCUUAUCCGCCAUUAUGGCAUUCUGUGGACCAUCAGUGUCAUGUGGGAAAUCACUGAGGUAGCAUUUGCUCAUCUCCUGCCCAACUUUGCUGAGUGCUGGUGGGAUGCCAUCAUCCUAGAUGUCUUGCUUUGUAAUGGCCUCGGCAUAUGGAUAGGCAUGUGGAUCUGCCGUAAGCUGGAAAUCCGUGAUUAUCAUUGGGAAAGUAUCAAAGAUAUUCACUCAACAACAGGCAAGUUGCGUCGAGCUGUCCUCCAGUUUACACCAGUCAGCUGGUUGUAUGUGCGCUGGAUGGACCCCAACUCCACCAUGAUGAGAAUCAUUGCAGUGUGGAUACUGAUUGUGGCCUGGCAAAUGGUUGAGCUCAACACAUUUUUCCUCAAGCAUAUUUUCUUCAUUCCACCUUCCCACAUGUUGAACCUGAUCAGGCUUUUGUUGAUUUGCCUCAUUUCAGCACCCACUAUACGGCAGUACUACGUUUAUGUCACUGAUACUAGGUGCAAAAGAGUAGGAACACAAUUGUGGGUAUUUUGUGCAAUCAUGUUGACUGAGAGUAUCAUAUGCAUCAAGUUUGGCCUGAAGAUGUUUAGACAGACUGUGGCCACCUACAUUAUCACCUGGCUUUGUGUACAGAUGAUUGGUAGCUUUAUAUGCAUCUACCUGUGUGCACUGUUUGCUGAACGCUGGAACAAAUGGAAGCACUUUCAUGACGCAGACUCUCCCAUCAGAGCUACCAGAUACAGGCUGGAAGAGACUAAAGAGGAUUCUGAAGAUCUUUCAUCUGAGAAUGUGCCGGUGAGUACCGACCGCGUCAUGGCCAAUGGCAACACGCUACGGUCAAGGUCACCACGCAGGAGGUCAAAGAAUGUCAGCAGUACAUCAAGCCCAUCUAAAUCUCCAGUCAAUGGUAGUUCCUAAAGUUUCAAAAUUUCAGUUGGCUGUACUGUUCUUACAAGUUUUUCCCUGUUUAGCUUUUGAUUGAAGCUUAGCAGCUUUUUGACUUGCGGUUUUCUGGUGUUAGUGCUGUAGUUUUAGAUGAUUUCUUCAGGUUACAAAUAUUUUUAAACUGCUACAAAUGUGCAGUUCUAGCACUAAUUAUUACCCUGUGAGUACUCAAUAAAAUAUUUAUGUCUUUUAAUCAGCACAAAAUCAUUUUUAAGUCACAUCGGGUUUCAUUCUAGAAACUAUUCCCUUGUUGGCACCUGUAGAAAUGAUCAAUGUUAGUGAAGGUGCUGGUUGUUGUUUAUAGAUUUGGUUGGUCUGUUUGUGUUGGUCUAUGUUUGAGUGACUGGUGCCAACUUUGUAUGCUCACCUUUAGGGUAAGCUGUGAAAGUUGAUGGUCUGAUUGUUAGGUGGGCCAGGUGUGGUGGGCCAUCCGUGUGUGUGAGAUGUUGGUGUUUUUGUUUGGUUGAUAGUCACAAGGUUGUGGGCCAUAGAUGGGGGUGUUCUUUUUUUAGUUAGGUUGGUUGGUCAAGAAUGUUGAUGGUCACAGUGUUAGGGGACAUAGAUGGUGGCAGUUGUUCUUUUUUUUAGUUUGGUCAAGAAUUCACUGGUCACAAGUUUGGUGGGACAUGAAUAUUAUGCGCGUAAGUUUGCGAAUUUGACUGGUUGCAUAUUUAAAUGACAAAUUCAGUAAAAAUUAGAAUAGUUCUAGUCCCAACAUUGUUGAUGAGUGUGGUUUAUGUACAUGUGAUUUUGUGUUUGUUUAAAAAUGGGAGUAUAAAUAGCUUGAAUGUAAUUGUAUGGUGGUGUGUGCAAUCAAAUACAUAACAUUGAAAUGGUUUUUGUUUUUGUAUAUACUCUAAUAGAGAUUAACAAUGGUUGUUUAUUUAUUUUUAUUGUGUACUUAUAAAAUCAAUAUUUCAAUUUUUAAACUUAUUAUUUUAAUGUCUGUUAAUUUAAUAAAAUAAAUUAUGUAAACAUGUGCGGUCAAGUUUAAUCAUGCAGCUUGUAUGCAAAAAGUGAAUUUUAGUUUUUAAACUAUCUGAAUUUAUAGUUAAAUUAUUUUUAGUGACUUUACAAUUCAUGGGGUAAAAGCAGCUGCUGUACAUUUCAAUCUAUUGUCAGUUGUGUGUGUGCAUGUGUUGAAGUGUGUUGCUUUCAUUUAUUAUCUGGUUCUAGGGGAUUUUUUUAACAAACCACAGUCAUUUUAUUGAAGUUGUUUUAAAAACAACUUUGAACUGGGCAUUGUUUUAUUUAGAAAGUUUACACACUUAAAUAGACUAGCCUGUCUCUACCAUCAUUGAUACAAAGAAUAUCCAUACAUUUGCCAUCUUUUGUUAUGUGGCGUUACCACCUUCCAUGCCAAGAUGAGCAGAUAGAUCAUUUUAAGUGGCCCUUUUUUGUAACUUUAUUUUAGGAAGUUUAGUAAAAAUACCUGACAAUAUUUAUUGAAAUUAUCCAUUAUUGAAAGAAUUACUUUAAAGCAUGGGAAAAAAGGAUUAUGCUGUGUUUGUCUGUGUAAUGAGUAGCCCCCUCUUUAAAAAAAAAAUAUUCUCAUAGUUAAGUCUGAACCCUCAGAUCACUUACAUUAUUGUAAAAUACAUGUUACAAAAUUCUUUUCCUUUUUUUUAUAACUGUUAAUACUCCACAUAGAAAAAAAAUAAUCCCAUCCUGCAUUUGAAUAGUAUUUUGCUUUAAUGAAUGUUGUUUUUUGUUUGACUUUUUAAAUAUUAGACUUCCUUACAUUUGCAGCAUUAUCCAAAUGAAACCCAGGUUGUUGUUUUAUUUUUUUAUAAAGUAUCCUUUAUUCUGUUUUUUUUUUUUUUAUCUUUCUGAAGUAUUUCUCACUGUUAAGCAAGAAACAGGGAAAUAACUAAUGCAAAUUAAUACUUUGAAUACCACAGAUAAUUAAAGCAGACCUAACGCAAAGAGAAAUACAAUUUCUCUGCAACAGGUUUUACAGUAAAAUUUAGACAUUUUUUUUAUGAAACUUAUUUUUCCCUUUGAAAUAAAAGUAUUCUACCAACCAUUUUGAUGUGUGAAAUUUUGAAAAAAAUUGAUUUAAGCUUCUUCUCAUAAAAUAUUAGUAAAUAUUUCCUUAAAAAAAAACACCUGAUUUUUUUAAUCAGAAACAUAGCUAUGCAUUCUUUAUUCAUCAUGGAAAACAAAUUCCCUUUUUUUCUGUGGUUAUUAAAUGGUUAGCAUUAUAUCAUGUACAUUUCUAUUUUCUGCUGUGGUUGUUCAAUUUAUUUUUGUAUUACCGGUUACAUUAUUUAUUCAGUAUUUCUUGGCAGUAUCAUGAACUAGCAGAAUCUCAUUCCAUGCAAGUAAAUAAAACAUCAAGCAUUUUUAGAUAUUUUUUUUAGCUCUUAGUCUGCUGGCAUGUGUAAAACUGUCCACAGAACUAUUUUUAGAUUGUUACUAUUUGGUUUCCUGGUGCCGUUUUUGUGAUAUUAUUUUACAUAGAAUUGUAUGUAGUAUUAAAUCUUUGUUUGCAGGUUAAGUCCAAAAUGUUAACAUUCGUAUAGACACUUUAUGGUUUUAACUCCAUGAGUUUUGGCCCCAAGUGGUUCAGCCCAAUAGAUUGGUCCUCAGAUGUUAACAUUGUUAUUGUCAUGGUAUUUUUUUUAUGCAAUGAAGACAUUAAAAAAAUGAAAUGCUAGAAAACAUUGAAAUAUGUUUUAACUUAUGAAAAUAUCGAUGUAUUAUAAACAAUGAAAAUAACCAACAGAUUGAUGGUUGACUAGCCCUAACCACCACUAAAUUUAAUUAAAUGCAUACAGGUCGUCCUCAAUACGGUUGAACCAUCCACAAUCUGAAACACUUUGCUACCGGUUUAAAUUGCAUUGUCUCCAUUAUUAUUUUUUUACAUUUUUAAAUAUUGUAGCUCCAUGUUCUGUAUGUGUUAUUUGAAAGUUAAAAGUAAAAGCUGUUUUUUUUUUAAUUUAACUUCCUAGCUUUAAAACUUACAAAUAGUAUUUGUAUAUUUUUUUUUAUAAUAUUAUUGUUGUAAUCUAAACCUUAAAUAAUUCGUUUUACACCCAGCAAAAAAUGUUCAUGCAUUGAGAAGAAAGCAGUGAAGUAAAAUGUUUUUACUUCUCUUAUUCUUUUAAAAACAGUUGGAUAGUUUGAUGAGAUUUGACUUCCAAUAAACUUGCUCUUAACUCUAUGUUAUUUACUGUAGUGCUGGGUGACAUGUGUCACCAUAAUGAAGGGUUAUGGGCUCCCUUAAGCUUCUGGCCAAAGUGUAAAACUCAAGAGUUUGGACUUGACAAAAUCAGAAUGGACCAUUGUCACAAAAUAUUUUACAUAAAAAAAUUAAAAAUGUAUACACAGAAUUUUUUUUUUUACUUUAUAAUGGAUAAUAAUUUGUAUUUCCCGUCAUCAUGGGUUUUAUUUUGAAAGUACAUUUCAAUUAAAAGUUUUCACUUUUUUGGAGA